AUGCUCGUCAGAUAUGAAGCUGGCGCCGCUGUGGCUCACCAAGAAAACGCGUAUUUCGUCGCAUUCUGUGAGCUCUUUGGUUUGAAACGAAGAAAGAUCGCUAUGUCGAGCGUUGGCGUGGAUAAGUUCGGGAUGAUCUAUGAGCAGCAGAGGAAAGGAGUUGCCUACGAGUCCCCACAGGAGAUGCUUCAGAACCUCGGCACUACUACCGACAAUUUGGCUCCCAUGUUGGACCUUUCAGUUGACGAUUACUUGACGAGGGAAUGCGGUAUUGGUGAAAAACUUGUGAAGGAAGUCGUCAAUGCUGGUACGCGCUGUAAUUAUCGUCAGCCCGGCAGGUGUUUGAACGCCUUUUGUGGUACUGUAAGUAUGGCGGGUACCGACGUGAGCUCCCUGUUCUCGGUGGUGGGUGGCAAUGAGCAGGUCCCCUGUAAAUGCCUGGACGAAUCUGCGGCCAGAGUGGUAUGUGACGCGAGGGUAUUCAAAGUGGAGGUUCUUCAGACUUGUCCCCUGGAGUCCAGCGGCAUCGACGUUGUCGGCUCGCGCAACGCUCGCAAGGCUUUAGGGCUCCUACAAACAGAGGGGCACAGUAUGUGCCGUACUGUUAGUCACUUCACGAAGGGAAAAAUAAGGCCCAGUAUCGUCAACAGUGAGGGUCCUAUAAGCCUUGCUGGAGUGUUGACCUACGAACCCGAUGAAGAUCUCCCAUGGACAGCUAUCGGAUGCCAGAUACCGGUCGACGCUACUCCAGAGGAAGCCAAGGAGAUCGUGGCGCGAUUAUCACGCGGGGAGGAAAGCGUCUUCAAGAUCUUCGCUGAGAGGCCGCUCACUGAACCUGAGAUAGAUUCUCUGAUUGAACGCACGUUGCCGUCGAUUUACGGUGAUUUGCCUUAUCAGACCCUCGUCAUCGAAAAGUCCCAAGAGCGUGGUAUAUGA